AUGAUCGUAGGAAAAAAUAUUUCCAAAGUUAGUGACAUAUCCCACGAUGAUGCAUCAUGCAGGACAGAGGAGACGGUAAGCUUGACACUAUUCAGUGUUAUUUUUGAUCUUUAUAGAGAUAGUGUAUUAUGUGAUGAAAAAUGAGGUUCGUUGAGAGCAGAAAUAGGCUGUGAAGUGUUAUCAUCUUUGCACUCAGGAGGAGUUGGCAGUCAUAGGAUAUUAUGACUGUACACUGAAGUUGGAUUCAGUCUCUUGGCAAAGAAAUACAGUACUGCCCUACCAAGCAAAAAGGCAGUAACUGCUCAUAGUGUGGAACUGAGAAAAAUGGCUUCAAAGUGUUUUAAUUGUGCAGCCAAAUUAAUUCUAGGGAGAUCAUUGGAGGUGUAGUGAUCGGUUGUCUUACUAUGAGUUAAUUUUUAAUUAAUGUUGGCCCUGACCUUUGACAUGACCUUUGACCCUUAAACGGCAGUUACUGCCUUCUUUCCUGGCAUGAUAUGUUACAAAUUGCAGGGUAAUACCAAAGCAAAGAGCAGUAUCUGCCAUUUUCAUUUGUUCGUUUACUAUACUUACAUUUACAUUUACGUCAUUUAGCAGACGCUCUUAUCCAGAGCGACUUACAAAUUACUUCUCCUUUAUGCUUUUAAUAAAAGAGUAGUGUAAUUACUGACAGUGUAACAAAGUUGAAACUGCAUCCUUUGUGUGUCUUCCACUAAGAAACCAGUUGCAUUUACAUGGAGAUGUAGGUUCUGCGUCAGUCACAUUACAUACUGUGUUUUACAAGUAGCCCAUGUCUUGUUAUAAGAAUAAAUGUGAAAGCAGCACUGCAAUUGUUUGAAUUACAUUAAAUUAUUACCUAUCUUGUAAUAUAUCAUGAUGAAUUGGAGCAUGAUAAAAGUAUGACAUAGGGUAAUACUAAUUAUACAAAAAUACCAUGAGAUUGCAAAUUAAAUUAUUUGUAUUUGUAUUUUAUUUUAUGACACUUACAUAUAUCAUUUUGAAGAAAUAACAGCUUUAUGAAUGAAUUUUAAACAUAUUUACAUGUUCAUAUUCAUAAGAGGCCACAAAUGACAGUUAGCUAAAAUGCUGAAUGGUUACAUUUCAUUUUUUAAGUAUGAUUUUCAUUUCAUUUUUAAGUAAACCUUCUUCAGUGCUCUUCCAUAUCACUCCUCAUCCUCAGCAAUGCUGUUCACAGCCAACGCAUUCCAGAAGUGCCUUCGAUUUGCAGGCAUCAUAGGACAUAGCUGAGUGGCGCAGCAGUCUAAGGCACUGUAUCUCAGUGCUCGAGGCGGUACUACAGACCCCCUGGUUCGAUUCCAGACUGUAUCACAACCGGCCGUGAUUGGGAGUCCCAUAGGGCAGCGCACAAUUGGACCGGGUUUGGCCGGUGUAGGCCAUCAUUGUAAAUAACAAUUUGUUCUUAACUGACUUGCCUAGUUAAAUAAAAAAUAAACAACACUUAUAGCCCUAUUGCAUGGACGGACAUUGACGGGAAUAAAACCUAGUAUUGACGUGGUUGUACCCUCACAUGGCAACUUUGAUCCCGAUAGAUACUACACGCCACCGGUGAAGGAUACAAUUUUGGAUUUUAACUUUCCUGACCGGGACAGUCACUCAAUACUGGAACAUAAAAGAAAACCAGAAACCCUGGACAUGUUCGAGGAUAUAUUAUUAAUGAGGUAGCAAUGCUGUGUGUGUGCUCAACCGGAAAACGAGCAUGCGUGGCUUUUGACAAUUCAGUAUGGGGUGCUCCUCUGACUGACUGUCAGCUGGCUAGAGAUCUUGUGUGUGGUGUAACGUUACUGAUUCAAAUAACCCAUGGAAUGUCAGAAUAAAUUUAUAGGGGAUUACAAUCAUUAUAAAUGAGCAAUUAUACAUUGCUGAUUGCCUCUUAUGGGAGCAGGUAGCACAAAUCUAUUGCUUUAUGCUAAUGCUAGCUAGGUAGGUUUUUACAUUUUGGUCUGUUCUAGCUAGGUGGCUGUCACUGGCUACAAAUCGUGUGUGUGGUGUACUGAUUCAAAGAAACCAUUAGAUGAAAUGUCAGAAUAUAAUUCAUUAUAGUGCUAAUAGAUUGAAGUUAGUAUCAAUUGCAAAUCUCCUCUUAUGGGAGCCGGUAGCAUUGUUAGUCUAUGCUCGCUAGCUAGUUAUCUAGCUAAUUAAUUAUGUUCUCAGAUCUACUUGGCUAGCUAGUUCUUACCAGUGUCGGCGUUUCAGAGCAAGUUCAACCAUCAUUUCUUCCCGGGAAUGCUGUGCUAUGAUGUUGUGUCGAUAGAUUAGCAAUGUAUGUGUGUGUACCUGUCAGUCAGUGUCAUACAGGUUUGAUUGUAUUACUAUCGGAAUAAAAUUAUAUGAUACCAAGGUAAAAGGCAGUAACUGCAGCCAAGGGCAGGUUAAAACCAAGCUAAAAUACAGUAAAUUCAGUGACAGGCAGUCAAUUCAGUUACUGCCAUUUACCUAGGUUUCACAGUAACUUUUUGCAGUUACUGCUAAUAUGACCCCAAUUUUCUCCAAAACACAAUACAAUAGAGGCAGGAUACUUGUCCACAUGUUUAAGCAUGUAUUUAAUGUUGCAAAAAUGACAUUAACUCAUUUUCAACCAAAUGGGCAGUUACUGCCUUUUUGCUUGGUAGGGCAGAGUAGCUAUAGGUAUUCACUAAAAUGCAGAAAUAAAUUAAGUCGGUAUUAUUUUGUCACAUAUACCUCAAAAUACAGUCCAUAAACAAGCCUUUCUACUGUUUGGUCUUUCUUGAAUUUACAGGGCACUGAGAAAGGGGACCAGUGUGACAGAGGUGGCUGGUGGAUGGGUACUUUGAAAGUAGGUAUUUUCAGUGAGGAGAAAACAACAACAGUUGGUUUCAGUCAAGCAUCUUCACACAGUUCUACUAUUAAGAUUAUGGAAUUAUGUAGAAUUUAUGUAAUAUUAAAAGAUGAGAUUAAACUCUCUAUCUAGUGCAUUUAAAGAUGAUACUGUCCAAAAAUGCCUUCUCAAUCUCCUUUUCCCGUAUAUUCGGGAAAUCAUGUUUUUUCAAAACAUUUUUUUUUCUACAUCUCCUUUUCCUUUCAUUCGCAUCCAUCCAGGAUACACCCAUCCCUGGGAGUUACCACAUCCGGGACUUCAUUGAGGAGGCUGGCCUGAACCCGGUCCGUAUGACGUAUGGCUUUAAGGGUACGGGGAGAGACACCAAGAUGCCAAUGCGUAAGGGGGACUUGCUGCUGCCGGGAGCCUAUGGCUUCACUGACUCCACCCAGGAGGCCCUCCAUCGCCAGGCCUCCUACUCCUUUAAGAACUGCCCCCGCCCAAAAAACUACACCCUGGGCAUCCGCGACAAGGUGGGGAGAGGAUGGCAAGGGGACCAGAGGAGGGGGACUAGGGGAGAGGGUGUGGGGGAGAGGAGAUGUGGAGGCGCGGAGAAGGGGGUGUUAUCUCAGUCAUGUAUCUUCUAAUAAUGCAGUUUUAUUUGACAUUAUAACCUGAACGUUUUAUAUUUUCCAUCUUUGUCCAGGAAAUAGACCUUUCACCAUGCCACUACAAUGUGACUGAGAAACCAGUGCCCAAGAUACCCUGCAAGUAAGCACUUGUCCUGCACAAUCUAUCAUUAUCAUUUUUACACUGCCAAAUCAUCCUUUGAAUCACAGCAAGCAGACUGCCUCUGAUUCAUCUCUUUGAUAGAUGAAUCAUCCCCUUUAUAUCUUUUUCCUGUGCAAACAACAACCUGAUCUCUCAUUUCCAGUAUCACACAACAGGUCUGGCCUCUCUCUCUCUCUCUCUCUCUCUCUCUCUCUCUCUCUCUCUCUCUCUCUCUCUCUCUCCUGUCUGCCCUCUUCUCUACAGCACCUAUUCACCUCUCUAACCAGCCUCUCUCUCUUCUCUCCUUGCAGACACGUGAUGUUUCGUUCGGCAGUGCAGCGUGCCAGCUUUCUGCCUGUGAGUAUCUAGUCUCCGCUAGCUAUGACUAAUGCCCUUACGUUGCCAACAAAGGCUGCAUGCGUGUUUCAGUUGGUUUGGUUAUGACACCCAUAACAGAGUCUGUUCGAGACCUACGGUAUGUUAUGGAGGUUACGGUAUUUAUCUCUGACCGCAUUUGAUGCCUAUUAUGGCACUGUGUUGAUUGAUGAUUCAAGUUCGGUUGCACUGUGUGUGCUGCAGUGUGUGCUGCAGCAAGUGCAUCCGCACUUGAUGGAUAUUUGAGCAGUGUUGGCAGCUCUCUCGCGUUAACAGAGAAGGAAAUGUGUUAGGAAAUCUCAAGGGUGUCAUUACUAUGUAGUAGGGAGCUUUUUUCACCGCUAGUGGUGUGUCAGGGCUAGUCCAAAGCAAGUUUAUUGUCAAAGGUUAAACAGUUCAACAAAUCUUGUGGCAUUCAUAUUUGUAGCCACAGCCAUUCAGACAGCUGUCUGCUUGAUGAAUUGAAGCAGGUUCGCCAUAUAUCAGGGGAUCAAGGGUCACACAAUGUUUUACACUGUAAAUAGUCAGCCAGAUAGUCCCUAUCAAACUUAUUGAAAUGGGCAACAGAGGAUUUUUAUUGGAUUUCUCUUUGCAGGCUCAGAAUGUGAAAUUGAUUUUCACAUAUAAAUAUCCCCAGGGUUUAAGGCAUUGCAAACCCAACAAAGAGGGGGAUUGCUUUUUUAUUAUGAUUUGACUUAAUCCUCGGGCCAAAAUGUGCCCCAUAUUUGUUUGUGUGCACUGUGCAGUGUCUGUGCAGAUGCAACUCAGAACAAACGAUUUUUGGAGCCUACAUUUCCUCAAUAGCCUAUCUGGGAUUAUCUAAAUAAAAUCUGUAUUGUUUGGCCAUGGCCUCUGAUAAAGUUUUGUGGUCGAAGAGAACAGCUUGGGGUAUCUGCACUAUGCACACGUGGUGUAUCUAUGGAAAUAGAGGUGUCGAGGACCUUCGCUGCGGCAUGGCGUUCUGACACCCAUAAUUAAUGAAAGGUCAAAGGUUCAGCAGACAUUUGCGGCAUGGGCCAGUUAUCUGUGCCACACCGGGAGAAUGUGGCGCUCGCUCUGACAGCAGCAAAAAGUAGGCCAGGCGCCUUGCACAGAGGCAGAUCAUCAGGACAGCUCAUCACGGGUAGGCGAGUGUGCUUCGGUCCCCCAUGUCCUUUCUAAAAAGCUCCUGUGAAAUACACCUUCAUUAACACCUUCACCGGCAGGCGGGGGGUGGGGGGGGGGGGGAUCAAGUGAAUUUGCCCAGCGCAAUCAAAUGGCAAAUAAUGAUAGCUAUAGCUAGCUAGUCUGAGCAUCUCUGCUCAGGGACAGAGAAAGGCUUAUUUUCUAAGCUCUUUUGAGCUCUUCUAUUAUUUUCUUCCCUCAUUCUUUGUGCUAUGAAUCACCCUAUCAGGAGGGCAAGGGAUGGAUGGAUUACUGGCUCAGCUUGGUCAGAGACAUAGUUGUUUUAUGUCAGGAACGGGAAGGGCUAGGAUAGGCUGUGUGCUAUUUCCUGCUUGUGGCCAACUGUGUGUGUUAGUGGGCAGCAGGGGAAAAUUAUAGCUGGAAGCCAUUGAAAGAAAAUAGUUUGAACCUGGGGUAAUCAAUAUACUAAAUUAUAUAUGCUGUGGUUCAAGUAUAAAUAGCCAUACAAUAUGAACUGCCUCAAUGAUCCAACUUCCAACGUUUGGCCUUGAAUGCUUAUACAAUCGUGAUUCGUGCCAGUAAAUAAUCUUCAAGACAACCAUUUAACCUUGGUCCCUCUGAGCAGUUUUCUUUGCCUGUGUGAGUGAGUUAGCCUAUUGUAAAUAAUGAAUCAAAUGGUUUGUGUUCAGAGAGAGGGCCCUGCUCCUGGACAUUACAACAUGAGGACCGGCCCGACCAAAGGAGUCACGUCCUGUUUCAGAUCCACUGUGCCCCGUCUUCACAGUGUGCGCUCGGUGAGUGAUGCACGCACGCACACACACACACACACCAGGGUUGGGGUCAAUUCUGAAUUGCGUUGCAAAUUGCUCUUUAAUUCCAAUUCCAUUCUUGAAUUUGAAUUGGCCACAGUCCACAGGAAGCAGAAUUUGAAUUGAAUUAAAGGAAGUAGAAUUUAAUUAAAUGACAUUCAAAUGGCUAUAUUUAUUCUACACACUGAUAAUGCCCUUUUCGUGUAAAAGCUGUUUGAAAAGACCCCCUGAAAUUUCAGCCUGUUUUGGUGGGAUGGAGUUUUGGCCUGCCUGGUGACCUCACCAGGUGGUAAAUUAGUUAAUAGACCAAUAAGAAAGAGAGUUCCAAACAGCUAGUUUGCGGUUUCCCCUCCCCACUCAGACCACUCCCAGACAGUCCUAGCCACAUUUUGCUUGAGAAAUUGCUAUUUUCUAAGAAGCUAUUUUUGUUUCUUUUAUCAUUUUAAUUGAAAACAGUCACAGUAAGGUACUUAAUUGUUACCAAGAAAUGAUUUGAUAUUGAGAUAAGAUAUCUGAAAAAUUGUAUUUCCCAGAAUGCAUUAGAUCAAACACUAUAGUAUGGAACGGACAAAGAAAAAUACUGUUUGACAUCUGAGUUAUAAUCAAACUAAUAUUUGAAAUGGUAUGUGUAUUCUUUGCAUUAAUAAGUGGCAUAUCCUUUAGAUAAAAUAUUUGUUAAAUGAAUGAGACUUUCAUGUUUCAUGUCUCAUUUGAAUUGCUUUGAAUUAAAUUCUACUUCCUUCAAUUCAAAUUCUGCUUCUUGUGGGCUGUGGCCGAUGAAAACAAUUCUGAAAUUCUGAAUUGACCCCAACCCUGACACGCGCGCACGCACACACACACACACACAUGCAAUUCAGAAAUGGUUGGGGUCAUUUCUGAAUUGCAUUGGAAAUUGCUCUUUAAUUCCAAUUCCAUUCUUGAAUUUGAAUUGGCCACACCCCACAGGAAGCAGAAUUAGAAUUACAUUUGAAUUAAAGGAAGUAGAAUUUAAUUAAAUUACAUUCAAAUGGCUUAUUUAUUCUACACAUCACCACACACACACACACACACAACCAUUGAGAGUAGUCGCACUCUCCUAAACAUCGUGUCACUUCAGAUGGUUAAUUGAGCCCCUUUUUUUACAGAAACCGUAAUAUUUAGAGCUUGUUAUGGCAUGCUAUUCUCUCUCCCACAGUAAUGAUACGUGAAGACCUAGCUAGCUGUGCUUUUUUUUAGUGAGUGUGUGUUGCUCUUGUUUUUAGUGAGUGUGUGUUGCUCUUGUUUUUAGUGAGUGUGUGUUGGUCUUGUUUGGCAGAGGACACCAGGACCGGGGACCUAUGAGCCGUCCUGGCAGAUGGGUCACCGUCUGGGGACCGAGGCCAACAUGAGCAGGGCCCACGGUCUCUUCUUCCGCAAUGUCUUCUAGAUCGUCCAACAGUGUCAUCCAGCCAUCCCUUCUUAUUCAACCAUGACUCCCAAGUUCCUCCGCAUCUACUGUCUGAUAGAAUGCAUGUGACACUGGGUGAUCAUGUUGUUUAUUUUCCCUCCGAGUAAAGAAAAACCCUGAUUUCGUUGACAAA